AUGAUGUCCGAUAACGCGUCAAAGAAGACUGCUGGAAUGGGGUCCCGCGUCCCGUUUCAGUCCGGGACAGGAUCCCACGUGCCUUCAGUGGCACCAGCUGCUGCUCCUGUCAUCAUACAUGAGACAAGACCCGCGGGCCAAGAAAGAAGCAGGGGUUUCAGGUACCAGGUGUUUGUCAAGGCCAUGACAUCGAAGCUCAAGGAGAAAGACCCGAAGCUGAACCAGACCGAGCGCAUGAAGCAGAUCGGAGAGAUGUGGAGAACGAUGCCGUUGAGCGAACGAGAGAUGAUUAUCAAAGCUCAGGUCGAGGAAGAUGAGAUUCAGCAGAAGAAGUCAGGAAAGACGGGAGGACCCAAGGUUGUUCUCAACGGCCUCAAGAGAGGGGAUGCGGCGGGGGGGCGGACGUUGGGGAUGGAGCAGAUGGCGUACGGGAGACUCGUUGGGCAGAAGGCGAAUUUGAUGUACCAGGGGAAGACAGACGAGGACGAGGACGAGGACGAGGACGAGGACGAGGACGAGGAUGAGGACGAGGAUGAGGACGAAGAGUGGGAAGAAGCUUCUACCAUGCCGGUGUCAGUGGUUCCAACAAGCGCACAUCCAAGGAACCGGUCGAUGGCGGGGGAGACAGCAGAUGGAGAGAAUGAAGAAGAUAGAAAUGCUCUGGGCAAACUUGGCCGAAGAACAGAAGAACAGGGGGUUAAGAAGAAAGGAAGGUGGACGAGGACUAGUGAGAGGCAGGGUGAGGACGAGGACGAGGACGAGGACGAGGACGAGGACGAGGACGAGGACGAGGACGAGGACGAGGACGAGGACGGUCUUGCUGAUGACGUCAUCAGGAUCGAGUUGGCGGGACUGAAAAGAAAAAUGAGCGAUCGGAGGAUUUCUGCCUUCAACUUCUUUGUACGCGAUGCUGUUCAUCGUAUCCGCCGAGAGGAGCCGGAGCUAGAGCACCAAGAGUGCAUGCGAAGGGUAGCUCGUGAAUGGCAUAAUCUUUCUGCCGAAGAGAAGGCCAAGUGGUGCCUCGAUCCUCCUCCCACCAAGGUAGCCAAGCAUGCCGAGGCAGGCGGACGAGCCCAUAGCGGCACUACCAGCACAGUCAUGCUGUACACGAGCAAGAGAGAGCAGCCGAGGGAUGUUGACCGGUCAUAUCGCGCUGCACGGGAACGAGCAAGCGGUGUACCGGAAGAGCUGUUGACAAGCACGAGUUAUCACCAGCACAUAGAGGAGGACUAUCAAGCAGAGCACAUCACUCCUGCUGCCGAGCAGCUGCUCCUCCACUCGGACAGCUACCAUGGCUUCUACACGGGGGAGAGGAGGGCAGAGAGGACGGUCGAGACUUCUUUCCAUCAAAACUUUGCGGGCGAGGCGUCAGGGGUGGCGCUACCCCGAGGGCUGGACAUGGAGGACCAGCACUCACUCUUGUCCUCGGAGCACGACCGGUACCUGCUCGAUCCGGUCUCGAGGAGUAGUGCAAGGCUCGGGCAGCACAACACUCUGCAGUCAGGACACCUCUCGUGGAUGACUGACUGCAUGUCAACCGGGUCCAGCUGGGUGUUUCAACCGAUGCAGAACGCAACGGCCAGCCACUGGUCGGGGGUUGACAUUCACCAGAGCAACACUCUUCCUUACGAGACUCCAUAUGGCGCUGGGAAUCAGCUGGGGUAUGCCAGACUUGGGCAGGGCGACGCGUCCUCGGCCCGCGGGCCCUCGUGGGACUUCGGGUUCGAUUCAGAGCUGAGAAAGCCUUCGUUCUAG